UGGAAAAUGCCCUUAAGGUGAAUCCAGUUUUAGGCCCACAAAUGUUUCAACCAAUUCUACCCUGUGUUUUCAGAGGUAUUAUAGAAGGGGAGAGGUAUCCUGUAGUGAUGUCAACGUAUCUCGGAGUUAUGGGUCGAGUCCUGCUACAAAACACUAGUUUCUUUUCUUCACUUCUUAAUGAGAUGGCACAUAAAUUUAAUCAGGAGAUGGACCAGCUUUUGGGAAAUAUGAUUGAAAUGUGGGUUGAUCGCAUGGACAAUAUUACCCAGCCUGAAGGAAGAAAACUUUCAGCUUUGGCUUUGCUUUCUCUUCUGCCAUCUGAUAAUAGUGUUAUCCAAGAUAAAUUCUGUGGGAUUAUAAACAUCUCAGUGGAGGGCCUACAUUAUGUCAUGACGGAAGAUCCUGAAACAGGAACUUAUAAAGAUUGUAUGUUAAUAUCUCAUCUUGAAGAACCAAAAGUAACAGAAGAUGAGGAGCCACCCACAGAACAGGAUAAGAGGAAAAAGAUGCUGGCCCUCAAGGACCCCGUGCAUGCCGUGUCACUGCAGCAGUUCAUCUACGAGAAACUCAAGGCCCAGCAGGAGCUGCUGGGAGAGCAAGGCUUCCAGUCCCUCAUGGAAACGGUGGACACCGAGAUCGUCACCCAGCUACAGGAGUUUUUGCAGGGCUUCUGAGAGCACAUGACAUGUGGCUGAGGAGGCCAGCCUGCCAUCUGUGUGUGACAGCCUGCUGAGAUGAUGGAGAAAUCCCUUGUGUAUGAAAAGAAAGAUAGGAAGACCACACAUUUUUUUACUACAAAAUUCAGCGAAUAAAUGUAAAUCCUGCUUAACUAAAAUCACAAACCUAUUCCUCAGAAGAACUUAAUUUUAUAUUUAUAAGGGGCCCUGUGUUGACUAGAGAUAGAUUUGACAAUAAUAGCUGCUUAGUUUUCUGUUAAGAGAAGACACUGUUUGCUACCUUUUAAUCAUGUGCUCCUAACACUUGAGAAGAAGGUUAAUGUCUGAGAUGUUUUUCUGCAACCAAAAUUAGUUAAAUUUGGCUGCCUUAUCCCUUUUUAAAGCUGAUAAGACUAUAAGUUUGAAAAAUGACAAAGCUGUUCAGAUGAUGUAACUAAAGAAAGUUGUGUAUCAGGCAAAAGUAUAUAAAUAGUGACAGAUAUACAUAACUGAGAUUAUCUUGCUUUCAUCUGACAUAGAAAAUGUGUUUAACAGACAAAUGCUUUUAUUUUCAUUCUAGUAAUUUGAUAUGAGAAUUAGUAAAGGGAUUUUUUUCUCGUGUUAUUUUCGGUAAUUACAUUUAGUCUUUAAAUGCAUGUUGUAAGGCCCACAGAAGUGAACCUGUGGUACUGCAGUGCCAGGUGGGAGACCUCUGCUCGUGAUUUGGUCCUAGUUCCUUUGUUACUCCUGGAGGCCAGGAGCCCUGGAGUACCAAGGGAAACCAGCAGCCACAGACCCAAUGUGCUGUCACUUGGCUGUGACAGGCUGUUUAGCACUGUCCCAUCUCAGUUUCCUCAGUACAGGGGUACAUCAUGGCCUCGAUGAUAUGGGUACACUUGGAAGACCCAGCAGCGAUCCCCAGGGUACCAACACUGAUGUGACAAGUCUUCCUUCCAUAUUCCUCCAACACGCAGUACAAAAAAUGGGGAAAAAGGAGAAAACAGAGCCUUACUUUGUUUUACUUGCCAUUGACUGUAAGGAACCUUUAAAGCAUUUUUAAGAAAAUAUUCAAAAGCAAGGUUGGAAAAUGUCUGAUCUUUCUAUAGAAAGUUGGGUACAGUAUGUAACUGCAGGAAACCCCUUGCCCCUUUGUAAGUUGUGGAACGCAGAAUG